GGCUAUCUCGAUCGCGUGUGUAUCGAAAAGCUAUGACGCAAUAAUUUCGAGAUCGAUUGAGGAAUGUGAGAAAUUUUUAGCUAUACGCUGAACUAAAGAAAAAGAUGGCUGUUCGUAACAUGUAUGUUAAUAUAAAUUUAAUAUCAUAUUGUUGAUGGAACACAACAGUUUGACGAGUAUUGCAUCGGCACGGCCCAUCAUAUACGCAGAAGGGUUAUUCGCAUCUUGUUAUUUGGAACAUGGCAAGUUCGUUCCAGAAGAGGGCUUAAGUCAAGCAGAUUUAUGGAGCAUAUUGAGUGGGGAGUUUUUGCAAUCGGGAUCUGAACUAAUUGAAGAUUUUGCAUUGAAAUGCAAACUGGGUAAACUGCAAAGCGAGGCGGGAAAUGCUUACGAGAUGGACCAGUUCCCUAAAGAAAUCAUACGGACUGUAUCAACAUGUGAGCGUGUUCUGCAUGAUUCUCCUAAAAGAUGUAAAACUCAAACAGACGACAUUCCUUUAGUCCGUGUGUCCACGGUAAACAAAACUGAAAAUUUUAUAGAAGAUGCUUCUGAAGAGACGAAAAUUCGAAAGUUUUUCGAAAAUCAAGUUUCGUGGAUAAUGGGCGACGACGGGGAGGAAUUUGUUAGCAUGGAGACCUUUCAAAGGUUCACAGAUGCGCUCAUUUUACUGGACGUUUUAAAACAACACAAUGUUCCAUCUGUGGUUAGCUUCUUAUCACGUCGAGACGAACCUAUAGCGAUUACGUUUAGUAAAAUACAGAUAGGACUAGACUCUCUUAUGUUUUGUCUGUUUCAGGCAUAGCAAAAAAAGGAAAAUUCCAGUUCCUAGGUUAAUUAUUAAUUUAAAACUUGAAUAUAUUAUAUAUAAUAUUAUAAUUGUAUUAACUUUAAGAAAAUUUCAUUUUGUUUGUCGCUAAAAAUGAAAUAUCAUUUAUUUUUACUUAAA